AUGUCCCAAGUAGCACUCGUCCUUGAAGCGCGCGGUCAACAUGUGCUCAAGGAGGUCCCCAUCCACGAGCCGUCCGCGGGGUUGAUGCAAGUGCGGGUGGAGGCCGCCGCUGUGAACCCCGCUGACGUGAUGAUGUUCGACGACGACCGGGGUGGAUUCGUGCAGGGCUAUCCGGCGGUGCUCGGCUGGGACGCGGCGGGCGAGGUGACCAAGAUCGGCGAGAACGUGACCCGGUUCAAGGUCGGCGACCGCAUCGCGUUUAUGUGCUUCCCCAGCUCCACCCACGAUGGCGGCAAAAGUCACACUGCGCGCGGGGCGUUUCAGCAGUACGUGUUGGCCGACCAGCGGUAUGCAGUCAAGAUACCGGCGGGGGCUGAUUAUGCCUCUGCGGCGUCUUGGUCUGCGGCGAGCACUACUGCCGCUGGCUCACUCUACAAGCACUUUGCGCUGAAAGAGCCCUGGCUUCCCGGAGGUGAAGGCGCUUACAAAGGCGAAAAGCUCCUCGUUUUGGGCGGCAGCUCGUCCGUUGGCGCAUACGCUAUCCAGUACGCCGUGCUCUCGGGCUUCACCGUCCUCACGACCUGCUCGCCGGCCCAUUUCGACUACGUCACGUCCCUCGGCGCCGCUUCUGCGAUCGACCGCUCCGCGCCGGACGCGGCCGCGCAGAUCCUCGCCGGCGCGGGCGGGCCGCUCGGACUUGUCAUCGACGCGAUCAGCGUGCCGGCGACGCAGCUCCUCGCGACGCAGGUGCUCGCGGAGGCCGGCAGGCUGAACCUGAUGCUCGCGCCCGAUCCCGCGCUCCGGCCGGCGAUUGAUGCCAAGAAGAUCGAGCUUCUGUGGGGGAUGGGCCUGGAGGGCUGGUACGCGAACGAGCCGCUGUGGGCCGCCGCGGAGGGACACCUUGCGAGCGGGGCCAUUAGGUUCAACCGCGUGACGCUGUUGGGGGGCGGGCUGGGUGCGUGGGAGAAGGCGUUCGAGAUGCAUCGCAGGGGCGAGGUCAGCGGAACAAAAUUGGUCAUGACACCUCAGCAACACACGCUAUAG